AUGGCCUCCCCUAGUGUUCUCACCUUUGACGUUGAGGGUCGGGCAGCUGACUUUGAGGUCUGGGUAGAUGAUCUGCAACUUUUCCUACAGUGCGAUAGGGCAGACGGUCUCUCCCUGUUUGACCUCACUUCUGGUGCCUCCCCUGCCCCUGCUGCUGAUGCUGACGCCACUGUUCGCUCACAGUGGGCCACGCGCGAUGCUGCUGAUCGCCUUGCUGUCCCAGCCACUUACCGACCACUGAGCGUGCACACUUUAGCCAUCGCUGACCUCAUUACGCACCUCCGCACUAGUGACACUCGCUACCGCGCUGCGCUUCCUGCUGAGUUCUGCGCCAAUAACUCCCCCCCCACCAUGUACAUCACCCUCUACUACAUAGUCAGCCGGCUCCCUGACUCUCUCCGCGUAGUCAGGGACCACUUCCUCUCAGUUUGGCCCACCACUCUCACUGUUGACCUCCUCGAGAAGGCCCUCCUAGCAGCAGAGAAGAGUAUAGUCACUGUAGGAGCCUCUCGUGGUGACCCUCGCACCCCCAUCUUUGAGUGGUGUUCUCCCUCCCCCCCUCUUGCCCUCUGUUGCCUCUGCUGCUGCGGCCGACCUCGUUGUGUUGAGGGUGACUGUUACCUGUGUGUACCACCUGACCCGGGCAUUGAGGCCACUGCUCUAGGUGCUGGUAAGGCUGCUGCUCUAGGUGCUAGUGCGUCUGCUGCCCCAGGUGCCAGUGCGUCUGCUGGCCCAGGUGCCAGUGCGCCUGCUGCCCCAGGUGCUGGUGAGUCUGCUCUCUCAGGUACUACGUCGGCUCAGGCCUUCCACACCUUCACCGUUGACUCGGGUGCGUCCCGCUCCUUCUUUCGAGACCGCACCACUCUUACGCCGCUUAGUCGGCCGGUUGCAGUCUCCCUGGCGGACCCCUCUGGGGGUCCUCUCCUUGCUAGCUUCUCCACUGCCUUACCGUGCCCGGCAGCCCCCUCUGGCACCCUGUCAGGUCUCUACCUCCCCUCUUUCUCUACAAACUUGGUGAGUGGAGCGGACCUACAGGAUAGGGGGGUUGACCAGUUCACUCUUGCGAGUCAGCGAGUGACCCACUGCACGUGUGCUCGGACAGGCCGAUACUUGGCCACGUUCACCCGUCGGCCAGGGUCGAGCCUGUACACCCUUACUACUGACUCUCCUCCAGCUGCUGAGUCUGGCCAGGUAGCUGCGUCGAGUCAGGUGUUUGCUGCAGUGUCCAGGUCUGGUCCUGAGUCUGCUCCCUUCUCGUGUCAUCUACUGUCCCACCAGACUCUCCUCUGGCACCACCGCCUUGGUCACCCGUCCCUGCCUCGUCUCCGAGGCAUGGCCUCCCGUGUCCUUGUCCCUGGUCUCCCUCAGUCUCUCCCUCCCCUACCUCUGGGGCCUGGCCCUACCUACGUCCCCUGCGUCGAGGGGCGACAGCGCGCUGUCAGAUUUAUAUGA